CCUGUAAUCUAGUUUUUUGUUUGGGUUGCCUGUGGAAUAUUCCUCAAGGUCGUUCCCAGGCCAUUUGAUGCCGCGCAUGCUCCAAUCGGUCUCUUUCGUGGUGGCCAUCUUCAAGCAGCAGCCAUGCUGAUUCCUAAGAAGAAUCGGGUUAUUAUCUACGAGUACCUCUUCAAGGAGGGUGUCUGUGUAGCAAAGAAGGACUUUAACAGCCCCAAGCACACUCAAAUCGAAAAUGUGCCAAACCUGCACGUGAUCAAAGCAUUACAGUCUCUGAAGUCCCGUGGUUAUGUUGAGGAGAAGUUCUGUUGGAAACACUACUACUGGAAUUUGACCAACGAGGGUAUCACAUACCUGAGAGACUUCCUCCAUCUCCCUACCGAGAUCGUCCCAGCCACACUCAGGCGACAGGUUACCAGAGCCGAGACUGCACGACCCAGACCAAAGGGCAUGGAUGGACCCCGUGGACCUGGUGAGGGCGGAGACCGCGACCGUGAGUCUUACAGGCGUGGCCCACCCCCUGGUGUAGAAGGGAAGGGUGGUGCUGGCUCUGGAUUCAAGCCAGAGUUCAGACAGGGAUUCGGUCGUGGUGCAGGUGGCGGAUUUGGUGCUCCUCCACCACAAUAGAUAUUACUGUGAAUAACCUAAUAAAACCACAGAAUUGAAA